AUGCGUUAUCAGGCUAGGGCAAGUUCCGGUUAAAAUGCGUCCCUUGCUGAUCGCGUUGAUUUUUUUCAGCAAGCCAUUGAAAUACAUUGUGCAGAAAAGUCGUUAACCUAUUCAAUGAAGUACUUCUUCCAUUACGCGUUUAUAUUCUCAUGGUUACAACUGGGAUCAUCUAAACUCAUCAUCCUCCCGGAAUCAAUGGGGAAUCGCGAUCGGCUAGUUGCCAAAUGGGCCAAGUUCAGCGGUGAGAUCAACUUUCUCGGGUCUUCAGAGCGCUUAAUUCCAAAGAGUGGCGUAUUCUACGCCGACUACGAGAAGGUUCUCACAAUUACACUAACAGCAGGUCGUAUUACCGUUAUUGGCAAAGCAAAAGGAGGAGGCCGCCCGACGUUGUAUAGCGGUCCGUUUGACGAAAAAGCGGAGUGUGAGUUUGUUGUGCAGACCUUCGAUCCUAACGCUCUAUUCAUCACACUAAAUGGCGUACAACUUGAUGAUAAUGGCAAAAUGUUGGAGAAUCCUAUGGAGACGGUCAAAGUGGUCGAAAUCUCCGGUGAUGUACGCGGCUUGCAAAAGUUCGACCUUGAUCACAGUGCACGUGAUCCGAUCCUUCGCAAAAUAAAAUUCGGGAUGGGUAAGAAUAAUUUAUGAUUCGUAAUGUGUUCUAGGUGACUGCAUUGUAAUGCCACUUACGAGCUUCGGAAAUGUAUUCUCUACAUUCUACUUAAUGGAUCCGCAAAAUCAGAUAGCUCUUCAAAUGUUUUUGUAUCCACGCGGCGAAAAAUUCUAUAUAAUAUCAUUCCGCUCACAUAACGGAAUUUCAUGGGAUUCAGCGACCGAUAUCAGCAUUGAAAGAAAAGAACGUGGCCAUCAAUAUCUGGUUAAAAUUGUAAACGCGAUUCCAGCUUUACACAUCCUUGUUGAUGAAAAGUCAUUCCAUAACUAUACCCAUCACGUCAAGUUUCCCUAUAAGGAAUACGUGUCGCUGUAUGCAAAUUCUUUAAGUUUUGAAACAUUCAUUCACUUUGUGGAGGAAAGAAAAAAUUGCCUCGUUUAACAUUAACGAUAUUUUGUGAUUGCUUCUUCGAAAUAAAAAGAUAUUUUUGUCCCUAGUCUAGGUCCUAUGAAAAACCCCCAAGACCAAAUAAGAAACACAUAUAAAACAGCAAAAAGACUAGCUGAAAGACAAUGGAGGGCGAUAAAGAUAGAGUAAUCUCACGUGUCUUGCUUCAAAUUGAAGACGACCGGUAGGAUAACAAAUAGGUAAAGGAAUUACAAUUGGCUUUAUUCGGGGAGCAAAGGAAAAAAGUGACGGCAAGGUGAUCGGUCCAUUAAGGAAAAAAGUGACGGCAAGGUGAUCGGUCCAAAAAAAAGCAAUCAAAAGUCUCCGCCGAAUGCACAAUUUUCCGCGUUGGUGGACGUAAAAAGUCUUUUAGGCAAAAAGCCGCCUAUCUCCCUCUUCCUGCUGCAAAAAGAUUUUUAGGAUAUCUUGGCUGAGCGCCGAGAAAUCAACAAGAACUUUCCGGGGAAUUUCUCUGGACACCCUGUACAGAAAGCCAUUUACCUACUCAAUGAAGUACUUAUGCUGUUAUGCGUUUAUGUUCCCAUUGUUACAACUGGUAUCAUCAAAACUCAUCAUCCUUCCGGAAUCAAUGCGGAGUCGCGAUCGGCUAGUUGCCAAAUGGACCAGGUUCAGCGGUGAGAUCAACUUUCUCGGGUCUUCAGAGCGCUUACUCCCGAAGAGUGGCGUAUUCUACGCCGACUACGAGAAGGUUCUAACAAUAACACUAAGAGCAGGUUGUAUUAAUGUCAUUGGCAAGGCAAAAGAAGACGGCCGCCCGACGUUGUAUAGUGGUUCGUUUCGCCAAGCAGCGGAGUGUGAGUUUGUUGUGCAGACCUUCGAACCAAACGCUCUAUUCAUCACACUAAAUGGCGUACAACUUGAUGAUAAUGGCAAAAUGUUGGAGAAUCCUAUGGAGACGGUCAAAGUGGUCGAAAUCUCAGGCGAUGUACGUGGUUUGCAACAGUUUGACUUCACGUCAUCCGAUCCUUCGCAAAAUAAAAUUCGGGAUGGGUAAGAAUAAUUUAUGAUUCGUAAUAGUGUUCUACAUAGGUGACUCCAUUACAAUGGCCAUUAGAGUUUGGGAACAGAAGUGGUAUGGCGUUUCCUUCUACUUAAUGAACCCGCAAAAUACCGUAGCCCUACAAAUGAUGAUGUCUGUAUUCUCGGGCAACGGUAUAGUAGAGUUCCGUUCUCACAAUGGAAUUUCAUGGGAAAACGAGACCAGCGCGGGUUUUACAGCAAAACAAAACAACCAUUUAUAAAAUGUGACUGUGGUCAAUGCUAUUGAAGGGUUACUCAUUUAUGUGGAUGGAGGGAAAGAGAUCAAAACAUUUACCCAUCAAAUCGAGUACCCGUGUAAGGAAUACGUUUCGCUGUACGCAAACACACAUAGCAACGAUGAAGCGUUUAUUCACUCUGUUGACGAAAGAAAAAAUUGCAUUUAGCAUUCGUGCUGUAACUGGAGAAAAUAAAUUCAUUCAAUUUAUUGUCAGUGGAAAUCAUGCAGUGAAUUUUAAGGUUUUGAAGGAUCUUUCCAUCGAAGCGGUCGUGUGUAGAGGAGUGUCCUUGAACAGGGCGUACACCGAGGCCAGCUCCACCGCUCCAUUGCCACGUCUUUCCCAACAGUUUCUCGAGCUAACUUCCCUUGGUUUCGAAUUGAUCCAGCAUUGA